GGCGGCACUAAAAAGCGGAAUGCAUUCAAGUGUAAUUUAUAAAAAAAAAUUAGAUUAAUAAUGUGAAGUGAAAAAAAAGUGAAUUUUUUCAGAAAUAUCAAAUUCCAACGCACUCAUUAUGAGUUAUUUCGGAAAAAUACMGGCUAAAUUAUUUUAAUCACUAUUAGUUAACCGCAACGGAAUGUAAGGAAAAGACAAAGUWUUGAGUUUGAAAAAAUAUGCUCAUUACCUAAUAUCAACUACUUCCAACACAUAUCAACAGGACAUAAUCAGCUGCAAGCGAUCUAACGCAUCACAACCGUUACACCAGUAAACAUAUCAACUCGCAAACGGGUCGCUUGCUCAAGUAACAAAAAACAAUAAAAAAAUUAGAAAAUAACAAUAAUUUCCUAGCCCGAAAUUAGUUGGCUUAUAUUGCAUUUUGAGCGAAGGAGAGCAAACAACGACGCCCAGCUGUCAAAAUGUUCAUAAUUACGGUCAUUAAGUUGCUGCUAAUUGCGCUGAACCUCUUCCCCAGCCGCUGGACAAGCCGGAAAGUGAUGUUUCUCAUCUAUCUAACAAAUCUGGUGACACAUGUGAUGAUGGAUGAACCACGUUUCGCGCAGCCGAUACCGAAUGUAACAGUUGCUGUUGGACGAGACGCCAAUUUGCCWUGCGUUGUUGAGCACUUGGGUGGCUAUAAGGUCGCCUGGAUCCACAUCGAUCGCCAGAUGAUACUGACAAUACACAAACACGUCAUCUCGCGCAUACCACGCUAUACUAUUACCUAUGAUAAUGCCAACACAUGGCUGCUGCAUGUGAAUCAAGCGCAUCAAGAUGAUCGUGGCUAUUAUAUGUGCCAAGUAAAUACGAAUCCUAUGAUUAGUCAAGUGGGCUACUUGCAGGUUGUYGUACCACCGAAUAUAUUAGACAUCGAAAGCACACCCUCAUCCGUGGCAGUGCGUGAAAAUCAAAACAUCAAUAUGACUUGCCGUGCUGAUGGCUUUCCAACACCGAAAAUAAUUUGGCGUCGCGAAGAUGGCGAGGAAAUUGCCGUCGAAAAGAAGAAGAAAGUUUUGGUUUACGAUGGCGAGGUGUUGCCGCUGACAAAAAUUAGUCGCAAUGAAAUGGGCGCGUAUUUAUGUAUUGCUACCAAUGGUGUACCGCCCUCGGUAUCUAAAAGGAUUAUACUGGAUGUUGAAUUUUCUCCUAUGAUUUGGGUACCAAAUCAAUUGGUUGGUGCGCCAGCUGGCACCGAUGUUACAAUUGACUGUCAUACGGAGGCACAUCCUAAAGCAAUAAUUUAUUGGGUAUAUAACUCAGUCAUGGUGCUGCCAAGUAAAAAGUAUAAAACGGACUACACGGAGAAUUCCUAUCGCGCUCACAUGAAGCUGACAAUAAGAAAUUUACAAUAUGGUGACUUUGGCAACUAUCGAUGCAUAUCUAAGAACUCGCUUGGCGAAACGGAAGGAUCCAUACGUGUUUACGAAAUUCCACUGCCAUCGACGCCCUCAAAGCAAGUCACACAUACCACRAUUGAAACAAGGGAAAACAACAUCAUACCCACACGCAAUGACUCAUUAAAUGCCAUACAAAAGGACAUAUCCCUGAUGAAAGCGGAUUUGCUGGGUAGUGGCACAUCAUCGGCUUCCUCCUCACACUCCGCCACCGCAUCUAUUUCGGGAGGCAAUGGAAAUAGUCUGUCGGCGCUGGGCGGCUCCGGUGUAAAUGCCGUCGAUCGAAAGGGUACGCUGGCUAUUGGCAAAAGCAUGUACUAUACGGAGCAGCCACCGAAGCAGUUGGAUGGCUCAGCGGCUGGCGCCUUACACAAAUCACCAAGCAUUUUCUAUUUGUGUAGAUUUGCGUUAAUAUUCUUAUUAUUAAGAAAUCAAUCAUAA